CCUAGUGCAUGUGUGUAUUAGUGUACGAGUGUGUGUUUACCCCCUCCGAGCGCUCAACUGUGGCCGGGCUCCUCCAACCAACCACAAUUCUGACAUUUAACUCCGGAAACACAAAUGUAAGCAGCGCUGCGUUACAUCCUAUAGUGAGACUAUACGCGAGGCGUUGAAUCAGCGGUCGGGCGGCGGUCGGAACUGGCUACGAUGUCGAGGCUGGUGAAGAAGAGGCAGGCGGAUCCCAAAGUGGUCCAGUACGUGUGGUCGGCCAUCGAAGUCGUCCGGAACCAGAAACAGAUCGCAAACAUGGACAGAAUCUCAAAGUAUUUAAGUCGUGUGUACGGGAUGCACCCGAAAGACACGGCCAGGCAGCUGGUCCUCGCGGUGAAAGAUGGGCUGGUGGUGGAGACCCUCACGGUUGGGUGCAAGGGAUCCAAAGCUGGGAUCGAGCAGGAGGGAUACUGGCUACCCGGAGAUGAGAUGGAGCAGAUGUCGGAAGAAGGCAAGCCUUUUGCGCUCUCUGAAGCUCCUUUUGCAGAUGAUUGGGAGGCGGAAAGUCAUGACUGGUACUGCUUUGAGUGUCACCUUCCAGGAGAUGUUAUGGAAUGUGACGGAUGUUUCCGCGUCUACCACCUCCGCUGUGUGCCGGAGGACCACCGGCCACGGGACACCACCUCCCACUGGCAGUGUGGCAUCUGCAGGGGCAGUAAAAGGAAGAAUCUGAAAAAACAGGAAAUGACAACGUAUCUGAAGUUCAUUCUCAGCCGCAUGAAGGAAAGGGCUGUGGACCUGCACAAAAGAGGCAAAGAGUCAAAGCAGCCCAUCUACAGGAGGCUGAUUCACACACCUCUGGAUGUGGAUAACAUACAAGAGAAAAUCUCAGAGGAGAACUACAAGAGCUUUGAGGAGUUCAGGGCUGACGCUCAGCUUAUAGUUCACAACACAGCCAUCCUGCACGGAGUGAACAGCGAUCAGGCCGAAAUCGCCAGACUUCUUUAUAAUGACACGUGCCAUGAGCUGAACGAGUUAAUAUUGUGCAGAAAUUGUUUUUAUCUCUCGAACGCCAGACCUGAAAACUGGUUCUGUUAUCCGUGUACUCCGAAUCACGAGUUGGUCUGGGCCAGGAUGAAAGGUUUCGGUUAUUGGCCGGCCAAAGUUUUACAGAGGGAGGGCACCCAGGUGGACGUCCGUUUCUUUGGUCACCAGCACCAAAGGGCUUGGAUUCCCGCUGACAACAUCCAGCAGAUCUCUGUGAGCGCGCAGCAGCUGCAGGUGAAGCGCAGCGCCGGCUGGAAGAAAGCAUGCGAUGAACUGGAGCAGCACCAGAGAUACGUGAGGGAGGGUCGCACCUGGAGGGGGAAGCUGGAGGAGAAGCAGGAUAGGUCGGACAGACGGGAAGACAGAGUGGAGGAGGCGGAGUCAAGCAUCUCCUCGACAUCCAAUGAGCAGUCAAAAGGCAACCAAGAACCCAAAUCUAAGAAAAGCCGCCGGUCCCAAGUCCCUGAGCCCAAAGAAGAGCAACCGGAGCCGGAGAUGGAGGCCGUCAGUUCCAGUCAAGAGAUCCCGACGGCCGUUCCCCAUCAGCCCGAGCGCAUGUCCGUCUCUACCCAGACCAAAAAGUCUGGCUCGUCGUCUUCCUCUUCUUCCUCACCGACCCCCCGCAUGUUGCACAAAGGCACGCAGACAGUCAACGAGGGCAACUGCCAAAACAUGUGCCACGACAAAUACACAAAGAUCUUCGGCGACGUGAAAGAAAUGAUGAAGGCGGAGAACAAACGGGAGACAGAACGUGUUCUGAAAGAAGCCUUGGACAAGUUACGAGCGGAGAUGGAGGAAGAGAAAAGGCAGGCGGUGAGCAAAGCCGUGUCCAGCACACAAGCCGAGAUGGAACGAAAGUGCAAACAGGUGAAAGAGAAGUGCAAAGAGGAGCUAAUGGAGGAGAUGAAGAAGAUGGUAGCACAGCACAAACAACUUCUUUCCCAGACCAAGAAGAAGCAGUGGUGUUACAAUUGUGAAGAGGAGGCCAUGUACCACUGUUGCUGGAACACGUCAUACUGCUCCAUCAAAUGCCAGCAGGAGCAUUGGCACGCCGACCACAAGCGUACCUGCCGCCGGAAGAGAUGAGCUGUGCCUGACCACCCCACUCUUUAGACUCCACCUCUGCGAGCCACGCUAUUGAAUAGAGCUCUUAAAUUCUUACCCCCUCGCCCUUGUAUUCUUCAUUCGUAGCCGGCAUUUGAACACUUUGAAACCAGGAGGUGAAUGCUAACCGGGCAGUGACACCAGGACUUUCCCGAAGACUGUUGUACGUUUGGAUUUUCCAAUAUCACUUUGAAUCUCUCUUUUGCUUUUAAUCCUUUUAUUUGCUGUAUGAUGGAAAACAGCCUCGCUUACAUACUGACUAGCUGAAACGUGAAGUGCUAGUCCUCUUUUUAAACGACUUCAUCUUAAGCUAUGUAGAUAUUUGACUUUUUAUAAUGAGCGAAUCAUGUCAGCCGCCUGCAUUGAGUGAAGUUGGUGCUUUUAAACUCGACGGUUGGUUUUGAUCAGUGCUUGUGACGUGUCUUUUUUGGGAACAGGGUUUUAAAGAUGGCAGGUCAUGUCUGUCGGAACGAUACAAUCUUCCAUGCAUGAAUAUGCACAUUUCAUUUUUAAUUAGACCUUUAAUUUUUAACGAGAAAAACGACUUGCUAAUUCUGGGUCCAUUUCUGUAGCUCACGCGCGCUCCGUUUUCGCCAAGUGGGAUCUUUAGUGAGUUUCGUGUGUGUAAGUCAUGCCAGUUUUUGUGUGGGCAUAGCCAAAUCCUUCCAGACGGAAUGAACAUUAGGUGGAUCACAGAUGUAAUGAUCUCGUUAAAUUGAAUCGGACUGUGCGGAGAUCAGUUCGAAUUAAACAAUCAGAAAUUAUGGCUAAAGGGUAAACCUUGGGGUUUUAUCAACGAGAAUGACCUUUCAUGGGCUUCUCCUGCACUUUGUAACCUGAGGGAGAAUUAAAAAGGAUAGUUAACGCGAAAAUACAAAUGUUGUCAGAUAGUUAAUUGUCAUAAACAAUAUGAGAUAUUGGAAAAAAAUAUUUAUCAAACAACAUUUUCAUGUUUGGAAAAACUGCUUUUUUCAAGAGUAAUUAUUGCAAUAACAAAUGUUUAAUAAAAAAAGUUUUUGAGAAGCAUAUGUCUGUUAGAUGUGGAGAAGCAGUCAGCUGAAGGAUGUAGGAUGUUUUUGCACAGACUUGUGCACCUUUUAUCCUUUCUCUCACAAGUUUUGGAUGCGUUUACAUCCAUAUUUCUGUCCACCUCCUGUCUUCGCCCCAUCCUAACCUCACCGUUGCACUACAUGUAAAUACCUGUUUGCCGCUAACCGUGACUGAUGACGUUUGCACGUUAGCACAUGUACAUUUCCUGAGCGCAUUUAUGAUGUAUUUGAUAAAAAAGUCUGUAAAGGAAAACUAUUUGUGAUAUAACGGUAAUAUGUUCCAUUCCAGUGUGCAUGAACCAGGUUGUGUAUACCUUUUUCCGAUCUCUGUUUUGCGUUCCUGCGUGUCAUCGGUGAUGCAGUAAGUCUCUUGAUCAUUUGACGCCACUUUGUAAUCGCGAGUUAACCCUUUUAUAAAAUGUAAUUUUUUAACUUAUAUUUAUGCGUACAGAACAAUGACUACUGAGAAUUCCCGACACCCUGCGAGAAGUUUGCUUAAAGAACACCUGUCUUUCAUGUGCAUACGAAUUACAACGUGGUGUAAACGUUUUUCCCCUUUCUGCAUUAUGUAACAGUACUAUGUAUAAAUAAACAUAUCAACCGGU